CCGCCUGCGAGCGCGGUCCGCUCCCCGACAGUCGGACGGACCCACGGACCGGCGGCCCAUCGGACAGACGGGGCAGCGCGAGGAGCGGGGACGCGGCGGGACAGCGACAUGGCCGGCCGCACGCAGCAGCCCAGCGGGCGCGGGAAGCCCGGCCCUGCGCCCUCGCCUUCCCCCGGCCCCGGCCCGGGCCCCGGCGCCUCGGAGCCGGUGACGCUCAAGAAGGAGAUCGGGCUGGUGAGCGCCUGCACCAUCAUCAUCGGGAACAUCAUAGGCUCCGGCAUCUUCAUCUCCCCCAAGGGCGUCCUGGAGCACUCCGGCUCUGUGGGCCUGGCCCUGUUCGUCUGGGUCCUGGGCGGGGGCGUCACCGCCCUGGGCUCCCUCUGCUACGCGGAGCUGGGCGUGGCCAUCCCCAAGUCCGGCGGGGACUAUGCCUACGUCACGGAGAUCUUCGGGGGCCUGGCCGGCUUCCUGCUGCUCUGGAGCGCAGUCCUCAUCAUGUACCCCACCAGCCUGGCGGUCAUCUCCAUGACCUUCUCCAACUACGUGCUGCAGCCCGUGUUCCCCAACUGCAUCCCCCCCACCGCAGCCUCGCGUGUGCUCUCCAUGGCCUGCCUGAUGCUGCUGACAUGGGUGAACAGCUCCAGCGUGCGCUGGGCCACACGCAUCCAGGACAUCUUCACCGGCGGGAAGCUGCUGGCCCUGUCGCUCAUCAUUGGCAUGGGCUUUGUCCAGAUCUUCCAAGGACACUUCGAGGAGCUGAGGCCCAGCAACGCCUUCCAUUUCUGGAUGACGCCCUCCGUGGGUCACCUGGCCCUGGCCUUCCUGCAGGGCUCCUUCGCCUUCAGCGGCUGGAACUUCCUCAACUACGUCACCGAGGAGCUAGUUGACCCUCGAAAGAACCUACCUCGAGCCAUCUUCAUCUCCAUCCCGCUGGUCACCUUCGUGUACACCUUCACCAACAUCGCCUACUUCACCGCCAUGUCCCCCCAGGAGCUGCUGGCCUCUAACGCGGUGGCCGUGACCUUCGGGGAGAAGCUGCUGGGCUAUUUUUCUUGGGUCAUGCCCGUCUCCGUGGCACUUUCCACUUUCGGAGGGAUCAAUGGCUACCUGUUCACCUCCUCCAGGCUGUGCUUCUCUGGAGCCCGAGAAGGGCACCUGCCCAGCCUCCUGGCCAUGAUCCACGUCAGACGCUGCACCCCUAUCCCUGCCCUCCUCGUCUGCCCUGCAGGGCUGACAGGAGGCAGGAGGGAGGCCAGCCCUCAGCUCGGUCCUCCCCCAGUACGGGGCCACGGCGGUUAUCUUGCUUGUGGGAGACACGUACACGCUCAUCAACUACGUGUCCUUCAUCAACUACCUCUGCUAUGGCGUCACCAUCCUGGGCCUGCUCGUGCUGCGCUGGAAGCGGCCGGCGCUCCACAGGCCCAUCAAGGUGAACCUCCUUGUCCCUGCCGCGUACUUGGUCUUCUGGGCUUUCCUGCUGGUCUUCAGCUUCAUCUCGGAGCCCAUGGUGUGCGGGGUCGGCGUCAUCAUCAUCCUCACCGGGGUGCCCAUCUUCUUCCUGGGAGUGUUCUGGAGAAGCAAACCAAAGUGUGUGCACAGACUCGCGGAGUCAAUGACACGCUUGGGGCAGGAGCUGUGUUUCGUGGUCUACCCCCAGGGCGCUCCCGAGGAGGAGGAGAACGGCCCCUGCCAGCCCUCCCCGCUGCUCUCCGCCGCGGACAAGCCCCUGAAGACACAGUGAGACACGCAUGGAGCCCGAAGCAGCUAUUUCUGUUUACAUGUUGUUUGUUGAGGAGGUGUUUUGCAAAAAAAAAAAAAAAAAAAAAAAAAAAUUUGUUUUUCCUGGGAAAGAAGUUCCCGCUCUUAGAGGCCUAUAAUAAGGAAGCCCUAAGAUGUGGACUAGGUCCCCUGCCAGCAUGGCCCUGCGGGCUUUUCCUGGAAAGAUCUGUGAGUAAAACAGGGCUGGCGGUGCACUUGUCUCAGGUGAGUCCCGAGUGGGCCUAA